CACACAAGAUCUAUAUAAUACCAAACAAACAAAGAAAGGCAUAAAAAUAUUCUCUUCUUUUGGAAUUUAGGUCGAUUCCACAAUUAGUUAGGAAUAUGGAGGGAUAUCAAAAUGGAUCGUCCUACGCUCCGUUUUUGUCGCUGACAUCGCAUCAAAACCUUGCUAAAUCUGAGUUCCAUCAAGGAGAAGAAGAGGCCUCGAAGGUUAGAGAAGGUUCUUCAAGAAGCUUGGAGGUGAAAAAGAAGGGGAAGAAACAAAGGUUUGCGUUUCAGACAAGGAGCCAAGUUGAUAUCCUUGAUGAUGGUUAUAGAUGGAGAAAGUAUGGUCAAAAGGCCGUCAAGAACAACACGUUCCCUAGGAGCUACUAUAGGUGCACAUAUGCAGGAUGCAAUGUAAAGAAACAAGUGCAAAGAUUAACGUCGGACCAAGAAGUUGUAGUCACAACCUACGAAGGAGUGCACUCGCAUGCCAUCGAAAAAUCUACAGAAAAUUUCGAGCAUAUCCUCACCCAAAUGCAAAUCUACUCUUCUUUUAAUUAAACUCUCAAUCUUUUAUACCUUUUGUAGCGUAUAAUUCUGAGAGCUCGUGUUGUAAAUUAUACUUAUAUAAAAAGUAUAAUAUUACAUUGUAU